AUGAUGAAUUUGUCACUGUUGGCCUUUAUGAUGCCUCUCUUCCCAUGAAAGAUCGUUUGGCAGUAAAUAUGGCUUCAAUAUUAUGGGCAAAUAAUGUAACAAAGGUGAGGUUAAAAUGUGAAAUUUAAAAUUAAAAUUAAGUUUAUUCUUUGAGGUGGAGAUGAUGAAUCUUAUAUUUGUAUAUAUACAGUAAUAUGUGCAAAAGUGUGUAAAGUUGAAAUCCCUGUUACAGGUCCCGGAGUCUGUGUGCAGUCAGAGUUGUCCCCCUGGCACUAGGAAAGCUGUGAAGAAAGGAAAACCUAUAUGUUGUUAUGACUGCAUACCAUGCACAGAGGGAGAAAUCAGUAACACUACAGGUAAAAUAUAAAUUAAUAAAAAUUAUAUUUAAAAAAGUAAAUAUAACUUUAACUAAGCAAAGCUAUCUAUAUGUUUAAUGUAAUAAUUUUAGAAGUUUGCUGAAUCUAUCUAAUAUUUAUUUAUGGUAAAUUUUUUUUUUUUAAAUAUUAUUAUUAUUUUUUAUUAUUAUUAUUAUUAUUAUUAUUUUAUUUAUCACACCUAAUAUAGAUUCUAUAACAUGUCUGCGGUGCCAUCAAGACUUCUGGUCAAAUCUGCAAAAGGAUGGAUGUGUUGAAAAGGAGACAGAAUUUUUGUCUUUUGAGGAGAUCAUGGGAAUCUUACUUACAACAAUUUCUAUUGCUGGUGCAUUUAUAACAAUGAUAAUUGCGUUCAUAUUCUUCAGAUAUAAAAAUACCCCAAUUGUGAAAGCCAACAACUCAGAAUUGAGCUUCCUGCUCCUGUUUGCACUGAUGCUGUGUUUUCUCUGUUCACUUACUUUCAUUGGUCGGCCCACUGAGUGGUCCUGUAUGUUGCGUCACACAGCAUUUGGGAUCACUUUUGUCCUCUGUAUCUCCUGUGUUCUGGGUAAAACAAUAGUGGUGCUAAUGGCUUUCAGGGCUACACUUCCAGGAAGUAAUAUCAUGAAAUGGUUUGGGCCUCCUCAACAGAGGCUCAGUGUUCUUGGUUUCACACUCAUACAAGUACUUAUUUGUGUGCUUUGGUUAACAAUAUCUCCACCCUUUCCUUUUAAAAAUCUAAAUUAUUUCAAGGAAAAGAUAAUUUUAGAGUGUGAUGUAGGUUCAUCUAUAGGUUUCUGGGCUGUUCUAGGUUAUAUAGGAUUUCUUGCGCUUUUGUGUUUCAUUUUGGCUUUUUUGGCCCGCAAAUUGCCUGAUAAGUUCAAUGAAGCCAAAUUCAUCACAUUCAGUAUGCUCAUAUUCUGUGCUGUAUGGAUUGCUUUUAUUCCAGCUUAUGUAAGCUCCCCUGGAAAAUUUACUGUGGCAGUAGAGAUAUUUGCUAUUUUAGCUUCAAGUUUUGCUUUACUGUUCUGCAUUUUUCUACCAAAAUGCUAUCUGAUUUUAUUCAAACCAGAGAAGAAUUCCAAAAAGCAUAUGAUGGGCAAAAUGGAAUCAAACUGA